UCCGCGUUUACACUAUUACGCGCCCGAACGCCACGCGACGCGCGCCGGUUUCCCGACAUCAUAAUAUACCGUCGGGCUCGCGCGACCACGACCACAUUAUACCGUACAGCCAUCAUCUAAGCUGGUCGCGGCGUUUUCGUAUAAAUAUAUUAUACUGUCGAGUAGGCUUCCUUCUCCCUCGGUCUCGCUUUUCGGCACAACAAAAAUAAUCAUUUCUGCACGCUUUCGAUUAGCACGAUAUCGUAUGCAUGUAUGAGUUUCGAAAAAUAUAUAUUAUAUACCACGGCGUCUCGAGAUUCGCACUUGUCUGUCGUCGUCCUGUACCUGCUGAUCGAUCGAUCGAUUUCGGAGCGAAUUGAUCAUUGCGGUUUCCACGGCGAGAGAUGAACAGAAACAUUCGAAAGGAUGCAGCGGACUCCAAAGCAGGGUUGGUGAAAAACGAAACGCCGGACGAAGAGAUCAAAGAGUAUGUGAAAACCACAAUGAACGAGAUGCUCGGAUGGUACGGAUAUGACAAAAUUAAUUCCAAAGACUGUUCGCUGCAAAGUAUGAAUUUAGUUAAGCUCAGAGAAAAAUAUCGAGGUCGCUCAAAAAGUACAGAACCAGAAACUUCGUCCGACGAAUACAAUAGUCCACAAUCACCAACAACGUCGAACUCACCAGUACAGCAAAUGACAUGUGGAUGGUGUGACAAAACGUUAAUAGCCAAAGCGUUUACAUUCCGCACGGCAGAAUCGGACAAUGAGAAAGUGUUUUGUUCCGAACAAUGUUUCUCACACUACCGUAGAGCCAAUUUUAAACGAAAUAAGACAUGCGACUGGUGUAGACAUCUCAGACACACAGUAAAUUGUGUAGAUUUCCAAGACGGCGAUCAUCAGCUACAAUUCUGCAGUGAUAAAUGUCUGAACCAGUAUAAAAUGAACAUAUUUUGCAAAGAAACUCAAGCCCAGCUAGAGUUGCACCCUCACCUACAGAAUACGUCGCUGCCAGAAAACCUAUGUAAAACCCUAGAGCCGAACUUGCCACUUAUUACACCUGACCUAUGGCUACGCGAUUGUCAUUCACCGCCACUUCCAGACCGGUCACCGUCUCCUCAAAGGCCUCAUUCCCCACCGCCGCCUGGACCGGCAGUUCCUCAGCUACGCAUAUCCAAUAAACUUUUUGACCGUCAAAACCGAAAACGCAAGAGACCCACAGUCGAAGACACUAUGCCACCUGUUUACCCUAAAUUUUCCCCACAUGCGCCAGUUUACUGUACACCACCGAUAUGUAGGUCACCGGCAUUCACACAAUCCCAGACGACAAAUAGCAGCAUUCCAACAAAUGCUGAUCCGACACCUUCGCCACUUUACCCAUUGAACUUGCCACCAUCGUUAUUACCACCACCCAUGAUAUUAGUACCAUAUCCUAUUAUGUUACCAAUACCAAUACCCAUUCCCAUACCCAUACCUUUACCAUUUUUACGAAAAGAAUGUGAUAAAAGCAGUAAUAAGGAAAAAGAUGAAAAAAAAUGAUAAUUAUGUAUAUCUUAAUGAACAAAUUGUUUUAAAUAAUAUUAUAAAUACUAUUUCUAUAUAUUAUUAUUAUUAUCAUUAUA